AUGGCUGAAGCUCAUGAAGCAGUUGCCUUUUCAUUCGCUGUUGGUCCUGGAGGUUUCAAUGUCGAUCUACGCUAUGAUGUUUUUAAAGAUUGGUACUUUUCUUGUCUACGUUCUUGGCGAUUAAGUUGUCAUCGUACGCUGAAUUCACUUCACAAUUUCUUAUAUCCGGGUCAUCCGAUUCGUGGUCUGAUUUGUUGUGGCGCCAUUCCAGCACUGUACUUCAAAGGCUAUGAUCCAUCAUUCGGUGUUAUUACUUGGCUGGAAGAACACAUUUUUCGACGUUAUUUUCAAUCGAAAAAUGCCACAAUUCUUGCUUGUGUCACCUUCGCCGCUGGUGCAUACAUUUGUGUCAUACAAAUUCGACAAUAUACCUUGAAAGCCUUGUUUUCUUAUCAUGGCUGGAUGUAUCAAAAGCAUGGUCAAAGUGUUGGUCUGAUGCCAAAACUUUGGAUGGGUCUCGUUAAAUUAUUUGUCGGUCGAAAUCCAUCUUUGUAUUCAUGUCAAAAUGUUCUACCAACCUUACCGUUGCCAAGUUUAGAUGAUACAUUACAACGCUACUUAAGAACAGUUCGACCACUCUACAAUGACGAAGAAUAUCAACGUGUAGAAAAAUUAGCAAAUGAAUUCAAACAAACCAUUGGACGCAAACUACAACGAUAUCUUUGGUUCAAAUGGUUUUUCUCAUCGAAUUAUAUAACUGAUUGGUGGGAAAAAUUUGUUUAUCUUCGCGGUCGAUCACCAAUAAUGGUGAACAGUAAUUUCUACUGUCUCGAUGCAGUUUUCGAUCGUUCGACAAUGAAACAAACAGCACGUGCUGCUAACAUAGUUUAUGCGGCAUUCAAGUAUCGUACUGAAUUGGAACUUCAACAAAUGAAACCGUUGAUGAUUCAAAAUUUGAUUCCACUCUGUUCGAGUCAAUAUGAACGGCAAUUCAAUACUGUUCGCAUUCCAGGAAAAGAAAUGGAUCGCAUCGUACACUAUCCCGAUAGUCAUCAUAUUGCUGUCUAUCACAAAGGUCGUUGGUACCAAGCCUUUAUGUAUCAUAAAGGCAAGCUCCUGAAACCAUGCGAAUUGCAAAUUCAAUUAGAUGAGAUCAUUCGAGAUGAAACGUUGCCCGCCGAUGGCGAAGAACAUCUUGCUGCCCUAACCGCCGGUGACCGUACAUUAUGGGCUACGACACGUGAAACAUUCUUUUCUACUGGCUGCAAUCGCUUAUCCUUGAAAGCAAUCGAAAAAGCAGCCUUCGUUCUGAUUUUAGAAGAUGCCGAAUUUGAAAUUGGAAGGAGCAUGAGUCCCAAAUUCGAUGACUACGCGCGAGCGAUGCUUCAUGGCAAAGGUUAUGAUCGUUGGUUCGAUAAAUCGUUCAAUUUUGUAGUCGGCAAAAAUGCAGUAUUCGGUUUCAAUGCAGAACAUAGUUGGGCUGAUGCACCCGUAUGUGGACAUAUGGCCGAAUAUAUUCUUUCGGAAGAUAUCAUUGUAUUAGGCUAUGAUGAAAAUGGCAAUACGCGCGGUAUUCCACGUUUCAAUGCUCUCCGACCAAUAAAACUUGAAUGGUGUAUUCCGGAUGCCGUAAGAAGCAUUGUUUUUAAACAAUUUCUUAUGUUAUGA